AUGUUAGUGAGUGAGGUUGCCCUCUUCGGUAACAAUCGGCAAGAGGUCCUGACGACCCAUUUAUACGACCAAGGGGACGAGUGGCAUGAGGGCGCUGUUCAGAUCGGUUUACAAGAAUAUGAUCUACUGAUAGUAGGAAUACUCGGAGAUGAUGGGCAGAGAGAUAUAGCUAUCGAUGCUAUAUCGAUGACAAGAACCAGUUGCGAGGAUUGCGACUUUGAGACGGAUUUUUGUGGAUGGAUAAAUGCAGAGAAUGGACGAGACGAGCUGAAUUGGCAGAGGUUAUCGGGUCCUACUACUACCACAAUAACCGGACCUCAGUACGAUCAUACUACCCUCUCAGAUUCAGGUUUCUACAUCUACAUUGAUGGAAGCUUUCCUAGUCAGCCAGGAUACAUGGCUAAGAUAAGUUCAACUGUAUCACUAGUGACUAAUGACCAUACCUGCUUUUCCUUCUGGUACAUGAUGUAUGGACAGGAUGUUGGUGAACUCCAACUCAUCAAAACCGAGGCCGGCAUGGAGGCGAUGGUAUGGAGACUAACAGGAGAGCAAAAUGAUGAUGAUACAGUCUGGAAGCAAGGCAAGAUACAGUACAGCGAUAAGCAGGACAGAGUCAAGAUGGAGUUCGUUGGAGUCAUAGGACCAGGUCAUCAGAGUGACAUUGCUCUGGACGAUAUCAGGCUUAUACCAGGAGAAUGUGAUACUUACCCUCCUGAAGCAGCUGUUUUACCGACCACCACACCAGUGCCCCCAACCACUCCGCCACCAUCCGGGACACAAAGCUGUGACUUUGAGAGAGAUUUCUGUGAUUUCGUCCAAGCUACUGACGAUGAUUUUGACUGGAGGAGAGAACAAGGCUCAACCCUGACAUCAAACACAGGACCAUCAGCAGAUCACACAGUAGGAGACGCUCUUGGUUAUUACAUCUACACGGAAUCCACGUUCUUUAUCAACCGGAAGCACCGUCUUGAAUCACGCCUCUUCCCCGUCACAAUGACGUCAUGCGUGACGUUCUGGUUCCACAUGUGGGGUACCACCAUGGGUGAGCUGAAUGUCUAUGGCAAGGAGGGAUCAGAUCUAGGUCCAGUAUUGUGGACCAAACAAGGAUCUCAAGGGAACCAGUGGUUUGAGGCUCAGGUCCAGUAUAUCCCUAACACAAACUACAUGAUCGUUUUUGAAGGACUCACUGGCCCUGGACAGGAGAGUGAUAUGGCUGUAGAUGACAUCGACAUAAACCCUGGUAGAUGCCCAGUGACUGAUUUAUGCACCUUUGAGAACCCCGACCUCUGUAACUACAUGCAGGAUCCUCAGGACGACUAUGAUUGGUCCUGGGCAAGUGGACCAACACCUACAUUCUACACCGGACCGUCCAAUGACGUCACCUACGGGACCAGCAGUGGUCACUAUGUUUAUGCCAGUGCUGUAGAGAGGCUCCCGGGAGACCAAGCUCGACUACAAUCCAAAGAGAUACUUUAUGAUGCUGAUCACCCCCAGCUGUGUGCGUCAUUCUAUUAUCAUAUGUUUGGAUCAGAGAUGGGUACUCUCAAUGUCCUUAUCAAAGAGAUGGGUACUCUCAAUGUCCUUAUCAAAGAGGUGAGAGGUCAUUCUAUUAUCAUAUGUUCGGAUCAGAGAUGGGUACUCUCAAUGUCCUUCUCAAAGAGGUGA